UGAAAACUGUGCGAAGGUGCAGCUUGGGUCCCUAUAGUAAGCGAUUGAAAUGGUUUGAAGCUCAGUUGGGUACUCAUCGCCUUUCAUCCUGGUUAAGAUUUUAUUGCAAAUUCUUGCAAAAUCACGAGAAGUCGUUAAACGAAAUAACUCCAUCUAGGUGUAUGCUGAGUUGAAAAAAAUAACUAUUUUUGCUGUGAAUAAUAGAAGUUUGCAUUAACAAAUAACAACACCUUUGGCAUACUGGACUCCUUAUGAAAAUAUUUUUAUAUUAUUUAGCUCCAAUGAAAUAAAAUAUAUAUUUUUGAUAGUUCUAUAUGUUGUAAUUCUUAUUGCCUUAUAUUUCCCAAUACGAUGGAGUAUCAAAUGAACAGAACUGACACAGUCAUCAGAUUGUGCAAAUUUACAUUCAAACCAAACGCCCCUUUUGCCCACGCAAAAGCUGGUUUCCUCUUAAAACCCUCCGUGCCCAUCGCCGCUGACUCGCCCACUCCGCCGAGAAGACAGGCGCCAUGAAUCCACCGCACCCGGGGCCCGGCCUUCCGCGCCGCCACCACCACCUGCUCCACCUCCAACUUGACCCCCGCCAUCACCACCAUGUCCACAUCCACCUCUGCCACCACCACCACCACGGCGCUCACUUGCUCGCUCCCGCGCCGCCGGCCCACCUCCACCACCAGCACCAGGUCCCGGCUCCUGUGUUCUUCCCCAACACCAACGGGAACGCGGCGCCCUGGCAUCCGGAGCCGCCCCCCGCCGCCGUAGGAGAGGACGUCGCGGAGUUGGAUCCCGCGCCGGGGCUGCUGCACGCAGAGGGGGCAGAGGACGAGGAGGAGGAGCCGGUGUUCGUGCUCACGGACGAGUGGGCGGAAUUCUUCGCCAAAUCCGAUGCCAAGAGGAGACUUGCUAAACAGCAGAAGAAGAACAAGGGCAGGAAGUGAACUGACUGCGACGCCGAAGAGAAGGCGCGUGAAGAGAGCUGAGGCGCUCAGCAGUCAGCACCACGACGGAUCAGUGGCCAACAGCCAUCAACACACUCAUUGCAUAGCCAGAGACAGAGAGCCAUGAUACACCGUCUUUACAGUGUUUUUUUGGAAGGGUCUUUACAGAUUUUUGGGUUUACAUGGUUUGAAUUCUGCGCUGAAUUUGUUGGAACAUCGGAAAUAUAAAAUGCUAUUUGAUUUCGAUCAUGCAAGAUAUUCCUAGCGCGCCA